GUGGAUGAUGAAGGGCCGGCGGCGGCGUCGCCGAGAGUACUGCAAGUUCGCGUUGCUGCUGGUGCUCUACACUAUGGUGCUGCUGCUUGCCCCUUCUGUGCUGGACGGCGGCCGCGAUAGGGACAAAGGCGCUGGGCACUGCACAGGCCUGCAGGGCAGCCUGGGAGUGUGGAGCCUGGAGGCAGCGGCAGCUGGCGAACGCGAGCAGAGCUCGGAGGCGGGGCCCGCCGAUGAAGGGGGCGCGGGUGAGUCCCCCCUGUUCCCAGGCAACCUCAGCCGCGCCGUCGGGGAGGCGGUGUCCCGCGAGAAGCAGCACAUCUACGUGCAUGCCACCUGGCGCACCGGCUCCUCUUUCCUGGGCGAACUCUUUAACCAGCACCCGGACGUUUUCUAUUUGUACGAGCCCAUGUGGCACCUAUGGCAGGCACUGUAUCCUGGGGACGCGGAGAGCCUACAGGGCGCGCUGCGCGACAUGCUACGCUCUCUCUUCCGUUGCGACUUCUCCGUGUUGCGGCUGUACGCGCCGCCAGGGGACCCUGCCGCACGUGCCCCAGGCGCAGCCAACCUCACCACGGCCGCCCUGUUUCGUUGGCGGACCAACAAGGUCAUCUGUUCGCCCCCUCUGUGCCCGGGUGCACCUCGAGCUCGCGCCGAAGUCGGCCUCAUCGAGGACACUGCCUGCGAGCGCAGCUGCCCACCCGUCGCGCUGCGCGCCCUUGAGGCCGAGUGCCGUAAGUACCCCGUUGUGGUCAUCAAGGACGUGCGCCUCCUGGACCUGGGUGUGCUAGUGCCACUGCUGCGUGACCCAGGACUAAACCUCAAGGUGGUGCAGCUUUUCCGCGACCCGCGGGCAGUACACAAUUCUCGCCUCAAAUCUAGGCAAGGGUUGCUGCGCGAGAGCAUCCAAGUGCUGCGCACUCGCCAGAGGGGCGACCGCUUCCACCGCGUGCUGCUGGCGCAUGGCGUGGGCGCUCGCCCCGGGGGCUCCUCCCGUGCACAACCCGCUGCACCACGCGCAGAUUUCUUCCUGACUGGGGCACUCGAGGUGAUCUGUGAAGCAUGGCUGCGUGAUCUGCUUUUCGCGCGCGGCGCGCCCUCCUGGCUGCGGCGCCGCUACUUGAAGCUGCGCUACGAGGACCUGGUGCGACAGCCGCGCACCCAGUUGCGCCGUUUGCUGCACUUUGCUGGGCUGCGCGCGCUCACCGCACUCGACGCCUUCGCACUCAACAUGACUCGCGGUGCGGCCUAUGGCGCAGAUCGGCCCUUUCACCUGUCAGCGCGCGACGCUCGCGAAGCAGUGCAUGCCUGGAGGGAGCGACUGAGCAGAGAGCAGGUGCGCCAGGUGGAGGCCGCCUGCGCCCCAGCCAUGCGUCUGCUGGCCUACCCUCGUAGUGGUGAGGAGGGCGAAGCGGAGCUGCCCGAGGAUGUGGAGAUGUCACUGGAGAUGGAGGAUCAGAGCGCCACGUAGCCCCC